AUAAAACGUUGCUGCUUAGUAAAGAUUGCAGUUCAAAAAUAACUAUUUUGUUAAGGUGUACUUCGAAUGAACCAUUUGUACACGUAUUCUGUCAAACGUCACGUCAAUAUUUUAAAAUGUCUUCUGAGACUUCGAAAGAGGUGACAGUCAACAAAUGGGAUGUUGGUGCGCUAAAAAUAGCACUUGAUGAUGCAGCUAAAGAGUUAUUCAUGAAAAAGCAUGGUUUACUCGAGACACACAAACUUUUCGAUGGACGACUAAUAUUAUGUACGAUAUCUGUCCUAAUAGCUGGCUUCGGAGUCUUAUUCGAUUACUUGUACCCACAUCCUCAUUCCCGAGCAGUACUAAUAGUCUGUGUUACACUUUACUUCUUCCUGUCUGCUAUAAUUACACUGUAUGUAAUGUAUAUAGAGAAGAAUGUCUUCUUUACUGGACUGAAAGAAGAUAAGACGGGAUUAGAUCCAGCCGACUCAUGGACAGUAUGCUCAUAUAUGAACAAAUAUGAUCCCAUAUAUCAUUUAAGCUUAACAGUAUGUGACGGCAUUACCAAAAAAGUCAAAACGCUUUCCGUCAAAAAGUCCGCUGCGGAGUUCUUCAACAUAAAAGGUGAACUACAAAGAAGUAUAUAUGAUGGGUUUUUGCAGAACUUGGUAUCUGACUUGUAUAGUGAAAAGAAAAGUAAUUAAUCAAUAGAAUCUCUGUUAACUAUUUGUAUAAUUUCAUUUUCUCACUGUUGUAUGUUCUGUUCAAAGUCAGAUUUAUGUGGUGUAAAAACCACACGUUCAUACUCUUUCUUAAAGUUUUGUGUAUUUUAACAUAAUUUAACACGAGCAUUCAUAGUACUUCGUUUCGACUUUAGGCGUUUUUAUGUUGAUGCAUAUGUGAACUUAGUCUAUGAAUCGAUCACAAUGGCGUCGGUGUAUACACUCUCUGUCUUCCCUUAAACUAAGAGAUUAAAAUCGCUUCAUAUCUUUCUUUCUUCAUGUACUAUGUCCUUAUAUGCAAUCUUCCUUUUAUAUAUUACCACCUCUGAA